CACCUGAAACUUGUGCAGCUCCAUUCCUCGUCAAGCAGCUGCAGCUCAACAGCGUCUGUCGUCUCACUCAGAGAGGGGGAAACCUGCGGACAAACACGGCAACACAACUUUAAAUUGAUGGCUUUACUCAGCUUGCUUUUGGGGUUAUUUGUCUUCGUUUUGGAACCAGUCGAGGCAGAGACAACACAAAGCACCCUAGACCCUCUGGAUGCUUCUUUUUGUCACGGCGGGCUGGAAGUAAUCUAUCCAGAACUGGACGUUGACAAAUGCCUUAUAAUUCCAAAGAACCACAAAUUCAGAGAGAAAAUCAGCACUGUUUGGAAAGCCCCGCAGAUCUACUUCUCUGGAGCAGAGAAGAAAAAGACGUAUGUCCUGGUGAUGGUUGAUCCUGAUGCUCCCAGACGCUCCCAGCACCCUGCUUACUGGAGGCACUGGUUGCUUGUGAAUAUAAAGGGCUACUCACUGGAGAAAGGAGAAAUGCAAGGCAUGACUCUUACUGAUUACCAUCCACCGACGCCGCCGCAGAAGACUGGUUUCCACCGUUACCAGUUCAUGUUAUUUGAGCAGCCUCCUCACACAAAGAUAUCACUCACUGAAGAGGAGUCUUCCCGUGGUAAAUGGGAUUUUCAGGCCUUCGUCGAAAGGUUUACGCUUGGGGAACCAGUGGCUGCCUUGCAGUUUCUCACCCAGAACUACAAGGACUAAAGGAUGCUCAAAUACUUCUAUCAGACUAAGAAUACAACAGUACAAUUAUACAAACUAAACUAUUUCUUCAUUUGUAUUGUUUCCCUGCUUUCCAUGCAUUAAACAGUAGAAAUUC